UCCUGGUCUCAUAGUACAGUGCUUGAUCGAAUCUAGAGGGAACAGGCAGGGACUUGCCAGAACAACCACCGUCCCUAAAUAAAGGCCUUAAUAGUUGGAGCAAACCUUUAACAAAACAUUGGUUAUUUUUAGCGAAGGAUAACGUCUACAGUCUGCACAGACACAAAAGGUGAAAACAAUGAAGACAGUGUGUGUAACAGGGGCUUCGGGUUACAUAGCAUCAUGGAUUGUCAAGUUCUUGCUCCAGCGUGGUUACACUGUCAAGGCAUCUGUUCGUGACCUCAAUGAUCCAAAGAAGGUAGGACACUUGCUUGCGCUUGAUGGAGCUGAGAGACUUCAGUUGUUCAAAGCUAACCUACUGGAAGAAGGUUCUUUUGAUGCUGCAAUUCAUGGGUGCGAUGGCGUUUUUCAUACAGCAUCUCCUUUCUACCAUUCAGUCACUGAUCCUCAGGCUGAAUUGAUUGAUCCUGCUCUAAAAGGCACUCUUAAUGUUCUUGGAUCAUGUGCAAAAUCACCAUCUGUGAAAAGAGUGGUUUUGACAUCCUCUGUAGCUGCAGUUUACUACAAUGGCAGGUCUCGUUCUCCUGAUGUGGUGGUUGAUGAGACUUGGUGGAGUCUUCCUGAUUUAUGCAAAGAAAACAAGUUAUGGUAUGUGCUCUCGAAGACAUUGGCUGAGGAUGCUGCCUGGAAGUUUGUAAAAGAGAAAGGUCUCGACAUGGUUACAAUAAACCCAGCUAUGGUGAUUGGGCCUCUAUUACAGCCAACACUUAACACCAGUGCUGCUGCGAUCUUGAACUUAAUAAAUGGUGCAAAAACAUUCCCAAAUUCAACAUUGGGCUGGGUUGAUGUCAGAGAUGUUGCUAAUGCCCAUGUACUAGCUUUUGAAAAUCCGUCGGCAAGUGGAAGAUACUGCCUGGUUGAAAGAGUGGCACAUUACUCUGAAGUUGUGAAGAUCUUGCAUACACUAUAUCCUUCUGUGAAACUUCCAGAAAAGUGUGCUGACGACAAGCCAUUUGUGCCAACGUACCAGGUUUCAAAGGAAAAAGCAAAAAGCUUAGGCCUUGAAUUCACGCCCCUUGAGCAAAGCAUCAAGGAAACAGUUGAAAGCUUGAAGGAGAAGAACUUUCUGGGCUCUUCUGCUGCACUGUGAAUAUGAUCUCAAACAUGAUGAGGAACAUUUCAGAAUUGGUGUCAUUGCCUAUUGAACAUAUGUUUUGCAAACUCCUAUUUGUACCGGGUCUGUCUGACUGGCAUUAUCUGCCUCGACAGAGAUUUGGGAGAGAUCUACCUAUGAAACAAUAAAGGACUCAUCUUUUUGCUAUCAUGGAAAUUUGAACAGGAAAUGUCUUUUGCUUUUCCUUGUUCAAAUUCAAGGUUAAAGCAAUGAUGAUGAGUAGAUUUUGGUGCGUAAUCAUGUGGCUUACCUCUUUCUCUCUUAUUUGGGGUCAGUGUGUUAAAUUGCCAUUUGAUGAGACUUUAUAAAAUCAAGGAGCAAAUUAAUGUCA